AUGGCACAAUCGACUACGAGUAACGUGAGCGAAUCGAAUCAAUUGCUUGAUGCGCUCGAGCACUUGGAAGCUGUUGCAUUCGUGCCUGCGAAGCAGAGGUACACAGACGCCAGUCAGCUGGUCCAGACAAUUGCCUCAGACGCUUAUGAAAAUGGGAUAUCAGAGGAUGCGCUGGGCCGUGUGCUCAAAAUUUUGACGGCCAAAAAUCAUCUUGACCAGUCAGCUACUACAACUUUGGUCAAGAAUCUGUAUCCGCAGGAGCGAAUUGCGUCUAAGUAUGUCACCCAGGUUGUGUGCUGUCUGGGACCCAGUAAAUCCAAGCCGAACCCAGCUACGCAAGCCUUGCUUGUUCGCUGGCUAAUAAUGAUUCUUGAUCUCAUGGAAGAUCGAACUCAUCUUGGCAAACUUUACGCAGUCCUGUUCAAUCAUCUGGAUAUGAUCAGUUUACGCAAGCCACUUUGUCACUUGCUUUCUACUAUCACUCGGCGGAAACAUGUCAAGCCGUUUCGCAUUCAAGCCUUGAUGGAGCUGAUCCAAUCAGCAGGAGGCGAAGAGAAGGAGCUCUUGAGUCUCUUGAAGACAUUCAAGAACUAUUGCCCUGAGAUCGUUCUCGGGAACAUAGGCGUCAAUCGAAAGACGGCUUUGUUCUUCAAGCACCCAGAUCCAGACUGGACAUCCCACGCGAAAUUGCUGCUAGACCAAAGUCUCGAAUUGAAGCUGGCAGCUCAGCAAUCGUCCUACCAGGUCAUACAUCGAGGGCUCGCAAAAAGAUCGAGAGUGGAAGUUAUUGUUCCUGCCCUGCAGACCUCGCGUGUGUCCAACAAGCAUACGUCACUGGAAGAGAUACGGAAUACCCAGCACUUUGUUGACAGACUCGAUAAGAUCGACCUGCCGAAUCAAAUUGUAUCAACUCUUGGCGAUGCAAUGGCACAGAAAUACAUACACCUUGUCCAAUCUGAGGCGGCAAAUGCUCGCCUAGACGAUUGGCUGACUGGCUUCCUGGCUGAUAAACUUGCGCAAAUAAAAGAUGGCCAAGACGACGAUCUCGAGGCCCUUACCUUCGUCCUGAGCUAUCUAGAAGCACAUACUUCGUUCGCAAAGGUCGGCAUCAUUCUCUCCUUUUUGUCGUUUGAGUGUUGUGGUAAGCUUAUUCUACUACAGGUCCUUCUACCCUCCAUAGAGAGUUUCUUGGCAUCAUAUCUUCCAAUUUGGAACGGCCAAGAUAAUCGCGCGCUGGUACUUCGCCUACUGCAGUAUCUUCCAGUUGAUUCUUUCGAGUCCUUGCGAAAUCGUUUCUUCGUUCACCUUGAGAACGCCAUACUAGACAGCACAGUAAGCUCUAGGGUCGAGCUACUCAACUUCUAUUCGUCCCUGAUCACAGAAUGGGGGGCCAAGCUCUCACUGCAGCCCGGGGGAGUGAAAGAAUCACUCCCCUUGAGUAGCCACGUCAGACAUGCUGAGAUUCUCGCAUCCUCCAUCAUCGAGCUCACAUGCAUAUUUGCAAACGCGAGCUCUGAUUCACCUGUGACUGUCAAUUCGGUCCUGCAAUUCUACAGAUCGAUCGCACGGCUGUUCUCACGAGCUUCGCGCAAUGCCAGUAUUCGACUGACUGUGCCAAUGGCUCCGACUAUCUACUCCAUCGCCUUUACGCCGAAUAUCUCUGCCAUCUCGGCUCUCAACUCAAUACUGGCUGACUACAAGUCCUCCUUUGAGACAUCUUUGACCUCCGAUGCCAUCAAAGAUCCGACUUCGUCCGAGCCGCUUUAUUCGACUGAUUUGGUAAAUCAGUUCAACGGAUUCGUGAUGGAUAUGUGCAACCUCAUCUGGCGGAACCGCGCGCUGAAUACUGAAGAUCCAAAUGCUCAGGGUUGUCUUGUGCCGGCAAAAAGCGUUAACGCAUUUACGACUUACGUGCGAAACGUAAAUGAAGCUGCUCGUCACUACGACCGCGAUAGCGCUUUUCACUUGACCCUGGCGUCUCUGUUCUCACUCAGUAACCACGCAGCAUUCGCCAAUUUGUCAGCCGCUUGCUUCGCGGACGUCGAGGAGAUGCAAAAUAUCACGGGUGAUCGCCCAAGGCUGCAGAAACCAGUCACUCAAAAAGCGUUACAAGCUCUCGAAAAAGAGCAGGGCGCCAAAUUCACAUGGCAGGAGUACCGCGUUCACAUGCUGGAAUGGCUGGACGCAGUGGGAAGCCGAGGAACCAGCGACCUAAUGCGAAGCACCAUGAAGGCGUUACGGAAGGAGUCUUAG